GCUGCCCCUUUUCAUCAAUCAAAUGGGCUGCAAAGACUUGUGAUUUUGAGCUAGUCUUGAAGUUUGUGGGCGGCAUGGAUUUGAUUGACAGUUCCACCUUCUUUUGUCACUUUUUCUUGCAUAUUUCUUCAUGGAAACUAUGAAGAAAAUCCAGCUUCUUAGAUGCCUCUCUCUCUCUCUCUCUCUCUCUCUCUCUCUAUCUCUCUCUCUCUCUUCUUUUCGUUUUUAAGAUGAAAUAAAUAUAUCUGCUUUUGAUAUAUAUAUAUAUAUAUAUAUAUAUAAUAAAUAUUCAACCAAGUUCUUGCAGUUGUGCAGAGUAUAUACUCUGCUCCUAUGAUUGCAUAAAUUUAAGGAACUGUUCAUUUCUGCAGAAUUUUUAAGCAAACAUGUAUAAGGUGAGGUUUGGAGAGGAGGUGUUUGAUGAAUCGACUGAGGAGGCUGGAUACGUUGAAACUGACCCAACCGGUCGAUAUGGCCGAUUUGAGGAAGUUCUGGGGAAGGGCGCGAUGAAAACGGUAUACAAGGCGAUCGAUGAGGUGCUUGGGCUAGAAGUAGCAUGGAACCAAGUGAGGCUAGUCGACUUGCUUCAAUCUCCAGACGACUUGCAACGGCUCUACUCAGAGGUUCACCUCCUCAGCACCCUCAAUCACAACUCAAUCAUCCGGUUCUAUACUUCUUGGAUCGACGUAGAAAACAGAACUUUCAAUUUUAUUACUGAAAUGUUCUCUUCCGGCACUCUCAGAGAAUACAGAGCUAAGUAUAAGCGAGUGAAUAUUCGAGCUAUAAAGAUAUGGGCUCGCCAAAUACUUGAAGGUCUUGUGUAUCUGCAUGGUCAUGAUCCUCCAGUGAUACAUAGAGACCUUAAGUGCGAUAACAUAUUUGUUAACGGCCACCACGGGCAAGUGAAGAUUGGUGACCUUGGUCUGGCAGCAAUUCUACGAGGGUCUCACAGAGCACAUAGUGUUAUAGGCACACCAGAGUUCAUGGCGCCAGAGUUGUAUGAAGAAAACUACGAUGAACUUGUUGAUGUGUACUCAUUCGGGAUGUGUGUUCUGGAGAUGAUUACUUCUGAAUAUCCCUACAGCGAAUGCACCAACCCCGCUCAGAUAUACAAGAAAGUGACAUCAGGUAAAAAACCAAGGGCAUUUUACAAAGUUCAAGACUUGGAUGCACAACGGUUCAUUGGAAAAUGCUUAGAGUCUGCGUCGAAGAGAUUAUCCGCGAAAGAACUAAUGCAUGAUCCGUUCCUUGCUAUUGAUCAUUCGGAUGACCAUCCAGAUUCGUAUAUCGAGAACCAAAAGCCUUUGCUCAAUGAUUGUAUUGAACUUGAGCGUCUGCAGUUCAAUGACGAUGUUCCUCGGACUAAUAUGACUAUUACAGGGACAUUAAACCCUGAGGAUGGUACCAUUUUCCUGAAAGUGCAAAUAGCAGAUAAACAAGGUGCUGUCAGAAAUGUUUUCUUUCCCUUUGAUAUUGUCAGUGAUACCCCCAUUGAUGUUGCAAACGAAAUGGUGAAGGAGCUGGAGAUAACAGACUGGCGACCAUCUGAAAUUGCGAAUAUGAUUGACGGGGAGAUAUCUGGCCUUGUUCCAGAUUGGAAGCCGGAUAACCCUCAGUCGUCUCACUUCCAUGUACUAAAUUAUCAAGAAGAUGACGAUCACCAUAAUCUUUUCUCUCCGUCUUCCUCGUCCCAAGUGUCAGUCUUGGGUUCAAUCACAUCUCAUAGGAUCAACACAAGACCUCACACCAGUCAUUGGGUACAAGGUGACUUGUUUGAUGACACCAGCUCGCAGAGCUCAUUGUAUUCUGAGAAGUAUUCCAACUGGACUUACUACUCUGCAGAUGAACAUGACCCUCUGAGCCCAAAAAGACAUGGACAGGCUGCUAACGAAGAUAUUCUAAGCCCGUCAAGAUUCUAUCCUGGAGAAAAUUCAGUCACAGCACAACAUCUUGCUAAACUUUGCCACCAUCAAAGCAAGGAUAUGAUAGAACCAAGAGAAGGUUCCACUUCUAGAAACAGGAGCAAGAUUGAAAUCCCGAGAUUGACAAGGAACCGUUCUCUGGUAGAUACACGAAGCCAAUUGCUGCAUCGUUCGCUAGUUGAGGAGGUUAAUAGAAGACGACUAUUCAACACAGUUGGUGCUGUAGAAAAUAUUGGGUUUCAAUCUCCCUAUGAAGUCUCCAGUAAGACCACACGGGGAAAGAAUGGUGCUUGUUAUGUGAGAUCAACAAGUCAUCCUAAACGGCAAGACCAGAGAGCAAGAAGGGGUUAGUGUUUUCGUCUCUUUGGGAUUUGAUCCAUCAAUCCAAAUACAAUGUAAAAUUUUGGUGCAUUCCCAAGUUCCAGAUGUAAAUAUGAGUAAAUGGGUUGCGCAGCAAAGUGUUGUGUGCAAUGCUCCUCUCCAGGGACCGUAAGUAUGAGUCUCAUAACAAUUGUACCAUUCCUGAAUAAAAAAUUGUGUAAAUUACGCCCUUUACAAGUACACCCGUGUGGUAAGGAGGUGGGGUGAGUUGAAGUCUAGUUCUAAGCUCUGGCAUAGGAACAGAAUCUUUAGGUUUCGCUACUCGUGGCUCAGCUUCCUCCCUUACAUUCAACCCCAGCUAUGUAUAUAGAUUGCUCUUGUGAAACGUCGUCUAAUAUCAGGAUAUAGGUUAUGACAUUGAUCCUCAUUCUCCGAUCAAAA